AUGACAGAAAAAUGUUUGAUUUGAAGACAGAUGUGAACGGUGUUCUUGAUGAACUGUAUUCAGCCAAAUGUAAAAAUUACGAGAUGAUUUGCCCGAUUUUACUUCCGUUAGGUAUCAAUCAAGCAUCAGCUAUAACAUUUUCUAAGCAUAUUUUCAAUGAAAUCACCGUUAUCGGUUCAGUCGAUAAAAAAUUUGUUGUUGUUUACGCAAAGUUGAAAAAACUAUUGAUCAUCAUCGAUCAACAUGCCGCUCAUGAACGCGUUCGACUUGAAAUGCUUAUGAAUGAAUAUACACACCAGGAAAUUGAAGAAGUGACAUUUAAGCAAUCAAAGUUAAAGAAAACUAUUCCAUUAAAAUUAUCCUCUGAUGAAGUACGAUGCCUCUCCUCUAAGGACGUUAAUAAUCAUUUUAGGAAAUUGGGAGUUUCAUAUAACUUACAAGGAAAUUGUAUGGAUAUAGUAGCAGUUCCUACAUGCUUGUAUAAUAAUGUUUUUGAAAAUGUUGACACUGAGAAGGAUAAACUACUGAAAUUAUUUGUCUCCUCGUUUAUUAAAGAAGAGUUCGACUUUUUAAAGAAUUCCAGAUGCUUCUCCAAGACUAUUCCUAACUUUCUGAAUAAAAUAAUUAAUCAUGAAGCAUGUAGAGGUGCAAUAAAGUUUGGUGAUGUGCUUACAACAGAAGCAUGCCAGAAUCUUGUACAAUCACUAUCGUUAUGCAAGCUACCUUUCCAAUGUGCCCAUGGAAGACCUACAAUGGUGCCUCUUACAAAUAUGCGAAAAAUGCCACCAAAAGUUGAGAGACAAAAAGUGAAUUUAAAGAAACUAAAAGCACUUUAGCUUUUCGCUGACCUGAAAAUACAUUCUAAU